AGCAAAUGCAAAGGCUCCGAGACAAGAGUGGUGGCCAGCACGCUUCAGGAACAGCCAGGAAAGCAAGGUGACUGCAGAGUAACAGGAGCUGGGGUUGGAGGGGUUGGAGAGUCAUCAGAUCAUGUGGGGCCUGGCGGACCACUGUGGGGUUUUUGACUUUUACCCGAAAUGAGACGGGAGCCACUGGAGAGUUUGAGCAGAGGAGGGUCAUGACCUAAUAUGUGUUCACAGGGUCAGCCUGGCUGCUGCGUGGAAACCAGCCUGUAGCCGGGAAGUGGGGAGCCCUGCGAGGAGAUUGUUGAGAGGUGGUGGAGGCUUGGAUGAGGGUGGUGGCAGUGGAGGUGGUGGGUGGGCAUUCGACUCUGGAAAUAGCUAGAAGGGACAAACGACGAGAGUUGCCGAUGGAUUGGAUGUAGGGUUUGAGAGAAAAAGCAGAGGAGAAUGACUCCAAGGUUUUGGGCCUGAGCAGCCUGGAGGAUGAGAUGGGGAAGACUGGGGGGCGGAGGGGAGCAGAAGUAGGUGACAUGGGGAAGACCACGAGCUCCGCCUGAAGAAGUUAAAGUUAAGAAGACGGAGGCGAUGGGUUGCCGCACAUGGGUGUCGUCAGCGUGUGAAUGGUAAUGCCAUCCUCCGAACUCGUCCCCAUCUCACAGGUGUGGACGCUCGGGAACCAGGGCUCUGAGUCCGGGGCGGCCCAGGUCACGUGGCCGCGAGCUGGCGCCCCCUGGCGCGGGAAGGUGGGCGGCGGCGGCGGCGAUGGCGGCGACGAUGGCCGCAGCGCGCGAGCGCGGGGAGCCGGGCCGCAGGGCCCUGUACUUCUGCGGGAGCAUCCGCGGCGGACGCGACGACCGGGCGCUGUACGAGCGGAUCGUGUCGCGGCUGCGGCGCUUCGGGACCGUGCUCACCGAGCACGUGGCGGCUCCCGACCUGGGUGUGCACGGGGAAGAGGCUGCUGGGGGUGACAAGCUCAUCCAUGAGCGAGACCUGGCCUGGCUGCAGCAGGCUGAUGUGGUCGUGGCAGAAGUGACCCAGCCAUCCUUGGGUGUAGGCUACGAGCUGGGCCGGGCCGUAGCCCUCAAUAAGCGAAUCCUGUGCCUCUUCCGCCCGCAGUCUGGCCGAGUGCUUUCAGCCAUGAUCCGCGGAGCAGCAGAUGGCUUGCGGUUCCAGGUAUGGGACUAUGAAGAGGGAGAGGUGGAGGCCAUGCUGGAUCGAUACUUUGAGGCUGAUCCUUCUGAGGAGGUGGCUGCCUCCCCUGAGCCAACCGCUUGACUUAACCUCACUUCAUUAAAUUCUUCGAAUCCCAGACUCUGCUCUAGUACCAUUCCUGCCCCUUAGCCCCAGUACCGAAUUAAAAGGUAUGUUUAAAAUUCA